AUGUUAAAGCUUGACCAUGCAUUAGAGUGGAUUAAUUUAUCUGCAUCAGAAACACUAUUUCAUCAAGGCGAUCCUGCAAAUGGUAUCUAUGUAGUACUAAAUGGUCGCUUAAGGCAACUCCAGGAACAAAACAAUAUAUCAGGUAACCAGGAUAAAACACCUCCUGAUGAAGUAAAAUAUACAACAAUAGGUGAGUUAGCACAAGGUGAAAGUUUUGGUGAAGUCGAGGUGUUAACUGCAACAAAACGUUUGUACAGCAUUGUAGCUGUACGUGAUUCAGAAUUAGCUCGUAUUCCUAGGACCUUAUUUGAAAUUUUGGCCUCUGAACAACCUUCAAUUAUGUUCCGUAUAUCUAGAUUAGUGGCAAGGAAAAUAAUGGACAUCAAGGGACUCCCGGCGCCAGAGAAUAAGGGUGUAGGUGAUAAUGGUUAUAAAUAUGAUUUUAAUUUAAUGAUACCAUCCAGCAAAUCUGUAUCACAUAUCCACACUCCUCAUGAUAUUAGAGGAACAACCUCAAAGUUAACUACAUACAGAACUAUUACAAUCUUACCCGUGACUGGAGGUUUACCUGUCGAAGCAUUUGCCUAUAAAUUAGUUCUAGCAUUCAAACAAGUUGGAUGUAACACAAUUGGCCUUACUCAAAGAACAGCUUUAUCCCAUCUUGGAAGGCAUGCUUUUGACAAAUUGGCAAAAUUAAAACAAAGUGGAUAUUUUGCUGAGCUGGAAGAAAUAUACAACACUGUUGUAUACAUUGCAGAUACACCCGUGAAUUCAAGUUGGACUUCAACUUGUAUAGCGCAGGGUGAUUGUAUUUUAUUAUUGGCAGAUGUAAAUGAUGACCCUAAGAUUGGUGAAUAUGAAAGACUAUUAGUAAAGUCAAAGACAACGGCAAGGACUGAGUUAAUAUUACUACAUCCAGAAAGAUAUAUAGAGCCUGGUUCAACCUACAAAUGGCUAAAAGAGAGAAGCUGGGUCCAUUCACACCAUCAUAUCCAAUAUAUUGUGAACCAAAUGGAUGCUGAGUCAAAUGGAAAGUCAGAGUCAAUAAAUGGCGGACCUUCAACUUUAGUUGAUAAGUUAAUCCAAACUGAGUUUAGCAGGAGAACUCAAGAGAACCUAUCAAAAUAUGUACCCGAUUCAAUUAAAUCUAAAGUUGAAUUAUUCUCUGCCAAGAUAAGGGGGACAAAAAGACAUUAUUAUACUUCUGUCCAUUCGCAUAAGAGUGACUUUUUAAGAUUAGCAAGAAUUUUAUCUGGUCAAGCUAUUGGUGUUGUUUUAGGUGGUGGUGGUGCAAGAGGGUUAAGUCAUUUAGGUGUAUUGCAGGCAAUUGAUGAACAAGGUAUACCAAUCGACUUGAUUGGUGGUACAUCAAUGGGUGCAUUUGUUAGUGGUUUGUAUGCAAAAGAUUACGACAUUGUUCCAAUAUAUGGUAGACUAAAGAAAUUUGUAGGGAGAAUUUCAUCUAUUUGGAGAAUGUUAAGUGACUUAACAUGGCCAGUUACUUCAUACACUACUGGUCACGAAUUUAAUCGUGGUAUUUGGAAAGCAUUUGGUGACACAAGAAUUGAAGAUUUUUGGAUUCAAUAUUAUUGUAAUUCCACCAAUAUAACAGAAUCUAUCCAGGAAAUACAUUCCUUUGGGUACGCAUGGAGAUAUAUCAGAGCAUCUAUGUCAUUAGCUGGUCUGCUUCCACCAUUAGAAGAGAACGGAACAAUGCUGUUAGAUGGUGGUUAUGUUGACAAUCUUCCUGUCGACGAAAUGAAAGCCCGUGGUUGUAGUACAAUAUUUGCAGUCGAUGUCGGUUCUGUUGAUGACAGGACGCUAAUGAAAUAUGGUGAUUCCUUAAAUGGGUUUUGGAUAUUGCUUAAUAGGUGGAACCCAUUUUCCAGUUACCCUAAUAUUCCUACAAUGGCGGAAAUUCAAAUGAGAUUAGGUUACGUUGCAUCUGUGAACGCACUAGAAAGAGCCAAACAUCUACCUGGAGUAAUAUACGUGAGGCCACCGAUUGAGAAUUUUGCGACCUUAGAUUUUAGCAAGUUUGAAGAAAUUUAUAAAGUUGGUAUUGAUUUUGGCAGAGAAUAUCUAAAUGAAUUAGUGACCGAAAAUAAAAUGCCAAAUAUUCCUGGAUCGAAAGCCAAUUUAGCAAACUCUUCAGUUUCAGAGUUCUUGACGCAUAGACGUAACAGUAUCUGA